CUCAGGCUCUUCCUGACAGGAGCCCAGGGGCACUUGAUUAGGCCUGGCACCUAUGGUGGCGUGUGUCUUGGGAAAGAGGUGAUGAACAUAUGUGGUCAUCACCUUAAAUUUCAGAAGGAAAAAGACUGGAGGCCCCGCCCACCCUGCCCACCCCCCAUCCCGGAGCUAUCAUGUGGCCCCUAGUGGCUACCAUCGCUUCCCUGACCUUGGCCUUGUCCGGAGGAAUCUCCCGGGACUACCCCAAGAUUCUCAAUGGUACCAAUGGGACUAGUGGUUUUCUCCCAGGUGGCUAUACCUGCCUUCCCCACUCUCAGCCUUGGCAGGCAGCUCUACUGAUCCGUGGACGACUUCUCUGUGGAGGGGUUCUGGUUCACCCCAAAUGGGUACUCACAGCGGCUCAUUGCAGGAAAGAUGGGUACACAGUUCAUCUGGGCAAGCAUGCCCUGGGGCGUGUGGAGAACGGUGAGCAGGCAAUGGAGGUGGUCCGCUCUAUCCCCCAUCCUGAAUACCAGGUCACCCCCACCCACCUGAACCACGACCAUGACAUCAUGCUUCUGGAGCUGAAGUCUCCAGUCCAGCUCAGCAGCCACGUCCGUACCCUGAAACUCUCUGCAGAUGACUGCCUGCCCACUGGCACCUGCUGUCGUGUUUCUGGCUGGGGCACCACCACCAGCCCCCAGGUGAAUUAUCCCAAAACCCUGCAGUGCGCCAACAUUGAACUGCGCUCAGAUGAGGAGUGCCGGCAAGUGUACCCUGGGAAGAUCACUGCCAACAUGCUCUGUGCUGGUACCAAAGAAGGGGGAAAGGACUCCUGUGAGGGUGAUUCUGGGGGCCCACUGAUUUGCAAUGGCAAACUCUACGGCAUCAUCUCAUGGGGAGAUUUUCCAUGUGGACAGCCCAACCGACCUGGCGUUUACACACGAGUCUCAAAAUACCUGCGUUGGAUCUGGCAGAUCAUCAGAAACACUCCAGAGCAGAGACAGACAAAGGGCACACAAUAAAAUUGUGUUCAUUUGCCUGCCUCCC